AUGGUCUUCCUGCCCACAUAUUUUUGCUCCUACUUUGAGCAGAUUUGGAAUGGUGGUGGAGCUGCCAUGGCAGCCAGCACUUCCCACUGGCACAACUGCCUCAGAGUGUCUUGUGAAAACCAGGGGCUGGAGAAUUUCAUGCUGCCCUUGCUGAAGAAUGCCCACAUCAGGCAGCCUUGCUUCCUCAUAGGCUGUGCCAGGAACCUGGAAGCCUUAGAGUUGGCUCCCUGUGCCUCCAAAGAUGCUGUCACCAUGGAUGUCACCCUGCUGGUAUUGUGGCCACUGGCCUGACAACCCAGGGACAUUCCAGCCAGACACCCCCCAGGUCUAGGACCUUGUUCUGUGGAAAUGUUCUCUCCAGGAACCGACUUGGAGGACCAGACCAGCACAAUAGGCGUGAUGGAGCAAGGAGGUGGUGCAGUACUCCAGCACCUCAAAGAGCUCCUUGUUUCAGCCAUCAUGAGCUGCCAAUGCUGCUUCCUGCUCCAGCCAGGUGACUUCAGCACCAAAAGUAGGCAGGAAAAUGCCAUGGAGGGUUCCCUGCUGAUCCACAGCAGCUGGAAGUCUGUCCACUUUGACAUGAUCCCUGUGGUGAGGAGGUGCCAGGAGCCACCCUGGCUCAGGGGGUGUCAGAGUGACAGGGGCUUCCCCAAAGGUAGCCUUGGGAAGGCUGCAAGAGAGGCCCACUAUCCUGCCACCCCCCACUGCAGGAGGCACAAUGUGGUGCAGUUGGAUGCUUGGCCCCUCCUUGGGGUCCAGUCCCUCCUCUCUGAAGUAGCAUGCAGCCCUCCCCACUACACACAGGGGAGCACAGAGCUCUUCCCCUCCCCCGAGGACUGACAGGACCUAGACAUCUCUGUCUAUAUGCUCCUGGUGAUUCUCCUCCACUGCCUGGUCAUCCAGCACCUGCCCCACUUAGUGCAUCUGGAUGAGAACCUCCUCUAAGGGGAAGCCCCACACCUCGCUUCCCUAUACCGUAAGGUGGAGAGCUUUGACAGGCCCCCACGAAGCUUCUUCCACUUCCAUUUUGUCAUCCCUGCAUAUGCUGUAAGCUGGAUGACAGACCCUGGCACCCAAGCCCUUCUUCACCUUCCUGCCAAGGAUGGGUCCUACUAGGACACAUCCUACUUUGACAUCUUGCUCAGCCAGGUAACAGCAGUCCAUCAGCUGCUCUUGUGA